GCUCCUCUUGCAUCGCUGUGCGGCGAGUCAUGCGAUGGGACCCUCUCUCAGAGCUGGACUACGCUGUGCAGUCAGGCGAGCUAUUGUGAUCGGGAACGGUGUUGCCGGCGCAGAGAAUCAGUGCCUCGGUUUGGAUUAAUCAAGAAUGAGGAAAGUGAAUAAUCAAGCCAAAAGACGAGGAUAACUAGGCCAAGAGGAAGAGUCAAUAAAUGGCUUCGCUGGCUGCCUGUUUCUAUUCACAAAAAGCUAGACUAUGUUGUAAAGCGAAUUUGUGGUGAUUCCCAAUUCCAAACUAUAGAGAGUAAGGUUGUUCCUCUUCCAGCUGAGGAAAAAGUGCAGGCUUAUCAAAUGUCAAGGAAGCUGAUUCAAAGCAAAUUGCAGCAAUGGCUCGUGAAACAUUUGAGAAGUAUUUUUUGCUAUUCUCCUUUAAAUAUGCAUGUUGAAGUUUGACUGAGACAUCUCAAAUUUGAUUUCUUCCAAGUUACCUUCGAAGUUUCAUUUGAAUGUCUCAAAUUUUUGUCCUGAACUACUUCUCAGGGAUAUGAGAUUGCCAUUACUCAUGCUUCAAACUCAAAAUGUUGAGAAAAAAGAAUAUAGUUGAAUUAUAAAAGUUAUAAUUCUAGGGUGAAGACAUAAUAUAGUUAUAAUUUAAUCAAUGCUAUUCGUCAUUUAUUAGAAGAUAUUUUUCAGGUUAUGGUUGUGCUUCUGCUUACCCACUGGAAAAUAGAUUGACUAUUCAAGGUAAUAUUAAAACUUUAUGAUAAUAAUGAUGUCAAUUUCAAAAAGGAUAUUUGAUAAUCGUUGAACUUUUGUACAACUAGCAACCCAAUCUUUACAUUACAAAAGAAAAUAGUGCAGUAAGAAGUGAAAGUGACCUGCCAUCCCACCCUUGCAUGCCAUUUCAAAAGUUCUACAGAAAUGCUACUCAUCAAUAAUAUCUAGGGGGAGAGAGAGAGAGAGAGAAUUUACAUGCUGUCAUACUAGAAAUGUUUCUUAAGAAUAUAAAUAAAGCCUCAAUUAUUACUGGUUUUAUAAAACUCCAAAACUAGACAAUUGUGCAUCAUUGGUAGGAAUGAGAAUGUAUCAGGUGACCAAGUAAAAGCAGAAGAAAUUGGUCUACAACCCUUUUCUAUCUCCACAAAGCAUCCAUCUCUCAGUCACUUACUAGCGUGCUAAAGAAACCUGUGUACGUGGAAGAUGUUGUCCACUUUAAGAGAAAAAAUGGUUGGGCUUGCAUGACAAUUUUAAAUAACUUUGAUAGAACUUUAUAAACAACCUUCAUUUGAACUAGAAAAUUGAGUUGGUUCAGCAUCACAUGGCUCAAUUCCUGUCAAAUAAAAAUAAAGUCAAAUACCUUCUUCUAUUCAUAUUUGAUAAUUCGACAGAAAUGAAAAUUUAUCCAUUAUAAAAUGAUAUUAGAGAUUUACAUCUAUUUGAGUACUUGGAAUUUUACAUUGCUCACCAGUUGACUUAGUGGAGAGCUUAUACUUAUUCACAGAUGUGACCAAAUAAGGUUGCUGGUAAACUUAAAAUGAGCAAAAUGAGCCUAAUUUCCAUGAUCCUCGUCUGUGAACAUUUGUUCCACAUUCAUGCAUUGCCUUCAGAAUUUGUUAUAGCAUGAAUCAGAUACCUAUAUUAUGGACAUGUACUUUACAUCAAUCUUCUGAAUUUUUGUUCUCCAGCACUUGCUGGUUAAUGACAGUCCUUUCAUAUCUAUUUUUUUUUUGUAAUCAGACAAUUGUUUGUAUUUCUUCAAUUAGGGAUGGCCCAGUAUUGGUGGUUGCAUCUGGCCGGGAUACAAUAUCUGUUGCAAGUUCCAUAAGACAGUUAGCCCCAGAAUGUGUUUUUGUUAUUCAGAUACAGCAUCCCAGGUCAGGGCUGAAUAGAUUUGAUCUGGUGAUUACUCCUUGUCAUGAUUAUUUUCCAUUGACUCCCCAAGGACAAGAACAGAUUCCUUGGUUACUUCGAAGGUGGAUAACUCCUCGUGAACUUCCUGAAAGACAUGUAGUCCUUACUGUGGGAGCUCUUCAUCAGGCUGAUUCUUCUGCACUUCAGGUUGCUGCUUCUGCCUGGCAUGAUGAGUUGGCCACUCUUCCAAGGCCCUUGCUUGUUGUUAACAUUGGAGGCCCUACAAGCCAUUGUCAAUAUGGUGCAGACCUUGCUAAGCAAUUGAUAGUUGGUUUGGAGAACGUUCUUUGGAGUUGUGGAAGCCUUAGAAUAUCGUUCUCCAGAAGAACUCCAACGAAGGUGUCUGAUAUCAUCCUGGAGGAAUUUGGGAAUCAUCCUAAAGUUUACAUUUGGGAUGGCAAAGAUCCAAAUCCUCACAUGGGCCACCUUGCUUGGGCCGAUGCUUUCAUCAUCACAGCUGAUUCAGUUAGUAUGCUUAGUGAGGCUUGCAGUACUGGUAAGCCUGUUUAUGUUAUUGGCUCUGAGAGAUGUACAUGGAAGUUUGCAGACUUCCACAGUUCUUUGCGGGAACUAGGAAUGGUGCGACCCUUCAUGGGUAAAGAAGAUAUAUCUGAGAAUUGGAGCUAUCCUCCACUCGAUGACACUGCAAAGGCAGCUACCCAGGUGGUUGAAGCCCUUUCCGAGCGUGGAUGGAGAUUGCAACCUUGAGUCAUUCUGUUGAUGUUAGAGAACUUCAAGUCUGUGGUGUUCAACUCUGCCUUGUUCAGCAUGGAUUAAAUUGGACUUCAGUCGCUUAAAAUUGCUUUACCGGGCUUAGCUUUCACAUGAUUCUUCAAUUAUGCUGUCUAAAAUUACCUGAUGAUAUUGCACCCUCUUGGUGAUGCUAUGGAUACUGUACCUGUGAUUUCUAACCACACCCAAUUUUGUUAGAUUUGAAAUGUUGAAGAGUUGCAACUAA